CGUGCGUUGCGGCUGCGCGGUAGGGUAGCGAUGGAAAGUGGAGGGGGAGUUGGGUGGUUGUGGACUGUUUGCGGAUUGUGGCUGCUCACCGCAAACUCAGCGGUGCUUGCUGCCGCCGCACCAGAUCAGGACAGAACAAGGGUCAGGGUUGCAGGAGAAUUCUGGCAUGUGACUGACUUGCAUUUGGAUCCUACCUAUCACUUGACAGCUGAUCCUACCAAAGUUUGCUUUUCAUCAAAGGGUUACCCAGCAAAGCAUGCAGGACCUUAUGGAGACUAUUUGUGUGAUUCACCAUAUAAUCUUAUCCAAUCUGCUUUUAAAUUCAUGAAAGAUGCUAAAGUUCAACCCUCCUUUGUAAUAUGGACUGGGGAUAGUCCUCCCCAUGUACCAGCUGCAAAACUCUCUACAAAGAUUGUGCUUGACAUCCUCCAUAACAUGACACAGACUAUUCUGGACUACUUCAAAGAUCUACAGGUUUUUCCUGCGUUGGGAAACCAUGACUAUUGGCCACAGGACCAGCUUCCUGUUAAUGUGAGUGAAGUUUACAGUGCUGCAGCUGACAUGUGGAAACAGUGGUUAACACCUGAAGCAUGUAGUACUCUGCAAAAAGGUGGUUUCUACACCCAGAUAUUUAGUUGUAACGUUACUCAGCAGACCCUCCGGAUAAUCAGCCUGAAUACAAAUUUGUACUACAGUCCCAAUACAGUGACUGAGAGACUGCCAGAUCCUGCAGGGCAAUAUGUGUGGCUGGAAAAAACACUGAAGAAAGCUCAACAAAACAAAGAGAAGACAGGAGAGGUUCCGGAAGAUUGGAGGGUUGCGGAUGUUGUUCCCCUAUUCAAGAAGGGGAGUAGGGAUAGCCCAGGAAAUUAUAGACUGGUUUAUCUCAUAGCACAUGUUCCUCCAGGCUAUUUGCCAGAUUCUCUGAGUACCACUGCAGUGAGGGAGAAGGAUAAUGAAAGACUUGUGCAAAUUCUUCGCAAGUACAGCGAUAUCAUUGUUGGACAAUUUUUUGGCCACACUCACAAGGAUAGCAUAAUGGUCCUUUUGGAUGAUCAAGGGAAUCCAAUCAACUCUUUGUUUGUGGCACCUGCCGUAACCCCUCAAAGAGGAUUUUUGGAGCAAGUAACCAACAACCCAGGCUUGCGCCUGUAUAAGUAUGACACAAGUGAUUACAGUUUGCUGGAUUUCUGGCAGUAUUACCUGAACCUUACAGAAGCAAAUGAGAAGAAAAAGCCUGACUGGAAGUUGGAAUACAUCAUGACAUUAGCCUAUGGCAUUAAAGAUUUGCAACCACAGUGUUUGUAUGAUUUAACUGAUCAGUUCAUAACGUCACAAAGUGAGAAAUUUCGUAUGUUUUAUAACCAUUACUUGGUCAGUUAUGAUACAAGCAAGAAAUGUGUUGGCCUUUGUAAGGUGAAACAGAUAUGUGCUAUAAGGUAUUUAGAUAGCACUUCACACACACACUGCAUUCUAAAGGGACUAAAAUAGGGCAUUUUCAGGGGAAAUUUUUAUAUAAAGCAAUAAGAGUUCUUUGUGCACCACUUAAAUUUAAAAGAAAAUUGUUAUUUUUACUUUCUGGCAAGCUAUUACAUUUUACUUGUUUUCAGUUAUUUAAUUUGCACUUCUUUAUUUUAUCGUGUACAUUCUUAGCCCUUUGUAUCUUUCCAACAUUCUGAUUUUCUUUCUUUUCGUUUUAAUCUAGUGCCUUUUUUUUUUGCCCCUAACGUGAUUUUUUUUUUUGUAGCUUCAACUGUAGAUUCUCUUUUCUGGAUGUUGGGGUCGACGUAAUGCAUGGAAAAAGGUUAUUUGGUCCAUUGUGACUGCACUAGCUGUCUAAAGUGUAAUCUAAAUAUUCUCACUUUCCCAAUAACAUUGGAAUUUUCUCUAGUUUUUGUUAUUUAUUCUUUAAUCUACUUCCAACAUCCUUCCAGAUUACUUUCCAGGUCACAAUUAGCUGUUUACUUUAAGAUACUUCUGAUCUUCUAAAUUAUCUUAAAUCCAUAUUGUUUGGUAUUUGCUAAAACACUUCCUCAUUAUUUUACUCUGUAAAAUCCCUUCCAUGAUUUUGAACAUAACUAUCAAAUUACCCCUUAACCGUUUCUGCUUUUUUUUUUACUAAGAGCCCUCUGUUUCUCUAAUCCCUCCAUGCAAAUAAAAUCUUGCAACCCUGACAACAAAUGAGGUCAAUCUCCUCAGCACCCUGUCUGUAAAGGACUUGUCAUCUGUCAAAAUGCAAAAAUUCGCAUUUCAGCUGGGGCCUAACUGGUGUUGUAUGGAAUUUAAUUUGGCUUCCUUGCUGAGGGAAGAUUUAAUUGAGGGGUCUUGAGAUAAAGUAAAUAGGAAGGACCUAUUUCCCACAGCAUGUCAUGGGGUACAGUUUCAAAGUAAUUGGUAGAAGGGAUAUGAGAGAACUUGAGGAAAGAUUUUUUUUCACUGAGAGUAGCAGGAAUCUAGAACUUGCUGCCUGAUAUGCGAUCGGGUAGAAACCUACAUCACAUUUGAAUAUUUGACUGUGGACUUGAAGUACCGUAACUCUGCAGGACCACCAAUGUAGGACUGAAAGUUGGGAUUAGAUUGGGUAGCUCUUUUUUUGAUUGGCACAGACAAGAUAGACUAAAUGGCAGACUCCACUGUCAUAAAUUUUCAAUGAUUAUCCUUCUUGGAGUGCCAGAUGUGGGGACCCUGGGAGACUUCCAGCCUCCCCGAGGACUACAUCUGCGCCAGGCGCAUUGAGAUGCGGCUCCUUAGGGACCAUGUUAGGGAUCUGGAGCUGCAGCUUGAUGACCUUCGGUUAAUCAGGGAAAGUGAGGAGGUGAUUGACAGGAGCUAUAGAGAGAUAGUAGAGAGCACCUCUGGCAGUCCCCCUCAGAAAUCAGUAUAUCGUUUUAGAUACUGUUGGAGAGGAUGACCUGGGAGAGGAAGACCACGGUGACUGGGAUUCUGGCACUGUGCCUGGUGCCGUGGUCUAGAGAGCAAGGAGGAAUGCAGUAGUUAUAGGGGAUUCCAUAGUGAGGGAAGCAGACAAGAGAUUCUGCGAGCCUGAUAAGGAUACCUGGAUGGUGUGUUGCUUCCAUGGUGCCAGGGUACGGGAUGUCUCAGAUCGGGUCCAGAGUAUUCUGAGGGGAGAGGGCAAGCAGCCAGAAGUCUUGGUACAUGUUGGUACCAAUGACAUAGAUAAAAAAGGGAGGAGGUCCUGAAGGAAGAUUACAGAGAGUUAGGUAGAAUGUUGAGAAGCAUGACCUCCAGGGUAGUAAUUACAGGAUUACUGCCCGUGCCACUUGCUAAUGAAGGCAAGAGUAGCAGAAUCAGGCAGAUGAAUGCGUGGCUGAGUAACUGCUGCAGGGGGCAGGGCUUGAAAUUCUUGGAUCAUUGGGAUCUAUUUUGGGGGAGGUAUGACCUAUACAAAAAGGAUGAGUUACACCUGAACUCAAUGGGUACCAAUAUCCUGGCAGGAAUGUUCAAUAUAGCUGUUAGGGAGGGUUUAAUCUAAUUUGGCAGGGGGAAGGAAAACAGGGUGUUAGGUUUGAGGGAGAGGAAAAUAGAAACAAGUCAAAGACAGCGUGCAGCAAAGAUGGCAAGAAGGACAGUCAGGUGAAAAGACAGGAUAAUUUUCUGUGCAAUAGAAAUAUAGCGAAAUUGGUAGUAGACACGCAUCUGAAUGUACUGUACUUAAAUGCAUGUAGCAUUAGAGAAAGGUGGAUGACCUUGUAGUACAGCUACAGAUUAAAAGAUAUGACAUUGUGGCCAUCACAGAGUCAUGGCUUAAUGAUGGAUGUGAUUAGGAGCUGAAUGUCCAAGGGUACACAGUGUAUAGGAAAAAUAGGCGGGUAGGUAGAGGGGGUGGUGUGGCCCUGAUGGUAAGCAAUGAUAUUAAAUCACUAGAAAGAAGGGACAUAGGAUCAGAAGAGGUAGGAUCCUUGUGGGCUGAGUUAAGAAAUGGCAAGGGUAAAAGGACUCUAAUAGCAGUUAUAUGCAGGCCCCCAAACAGCAGCUGGGAUGUGGACUACAAGUUACAGCUGCAAAUAGAGAACAUGUGUCAGAGAGACAAUGUCAAGAUAAUUAUGGGGGAUUUUAACAUGAAAGUGGAUUGGGAAAGUCAGGAAGGUACUGGAUCUCAGGAGAGAGAGUUUUUGGAAUGCCUAUGGGAUGGCUUUUUGGAGCAGCUUGUUGAUGAGCCCACCAGGGGAUCGGCUGUUUUGGAUUGGGUGCUGUGUAAUGGACGUGAGGUGAUUAGGAGACUAAAGGUAAAGGAACCAUUAGGAAGUAGUGAUCAUAAUAUGAUGGGGUUCAGUUUCAAAUUUGAAAAGGAGAAGCUGAUAUCAGGUGUGUCAAUAUUUCAGUGGAACAAAGGAAAUUACAGUGGCAUGAGAGAGGAACUGGCCCAAAUUGAUUGGAAAAGUAAGCUAAAUGGAGGGACAGCAAAGCAGAAAUGGAUGAAAUUUCUACAAGAAAUGAGGAAAGUGCAGGAUAGGUAUAUUCCAAGAAAGAAGAAAAUUAUGAAUGGAAAAAUGGCACAAAUGUGGCUGACGAGAGAGGAGAAGGCUAAAAUAAAAGCAAAAGGGAGGGCAUACAAGGAAGCAAAAAUUAGUGGGAAAACAGAAGACUGGGAAGCUUUUAAAAACUUACAGAAAGAAACUUAAAGUCAUUAGGAAGGAAAAGAUUAAUUAUGAAAGGAAGUUGGCAAAUAUCAUACAAAAGGAUACAAAGAGUUUUUUAAAUAUAUGAAGAGUAAAAGAGAGACAGAGGUAGAUAUAGGACCAACUGAAAGUGAUGCUGGAGAAAUUAUAAUGGGUAACAAAGAGAUGGCAGAGCACCUAAAUGAGUAUUUUGCAUUAGUCUUCACUGUAGAAGACAUCAGCAAUAUACCUGAUAGAGGUCUUGGGGAAUAGAAUUGUGUACAGUCAAGAUUACUAGAGAGAAGUUGCUCGGGAAGCUGAAUGGAGUAAGGACAGAUAAGUCUCCCGGACCGGAUGAAGUGCACCCUCGGGUUCUGAAGGAGGUGGCUUUAGAGAUUGUGGAGGCAUUGGAGAUGAUUUUUCAGAAUCAAUAGACUUUGGCAUGGUCCUGGAAAAAUGGAAGGUCGCAAAUGUAGUUCCGCUGUUUAAGAAAGGAGGGAAGCAGCAAAAGGGAAAUUACAGGCCUAUUAGUCUGACAUCAGUGGUUGGAAAGUUAUUGGAGUCGAUCCUCAAGGAUGAGGUUAUGGAAUACCUAGAGGUGCAUGACAAGAUAGGUCUAAGUCAGCAUGGUUUCCUUAAGGGAAGAUCCUGCCUGACCAACCUAUUGGAAUUUUUUGAGGUAAUCUUAAGUAGGAUGGACGAGGGAGAAGCAGUGGAUGUUGUGUAUUUGGAUUUCCAAAAGGCUUUCAAUAAGGUGCCGCACAAGAGGCUGCUUAAUAAGAUGAGUGCCCAUGGAAUUACAGGUAGAAUAUUAGAAUGGGUGGAGCAUUGGCUGAUAGGCAGAAAGCAAAGGGUGGGAAUAAAGGGAUCCUGUUCUGGUUGGCUGCCGGUUACUAGUGGUGUUUCAUAGGGGUCGGUGUUGGGGCCGCUUCUUUUUGCACUGUAUAUCGAUGAUUUAGAUUAUGGAAUCAAUAGUUUUGUGGCUAAGUUUGCAGAUGACACCAAGAUUGGUGGAGGAGCAGGAAGUGUUGAAGAAACAGAAAGGUUGCAGAGUGACUUGGACUGUUUAGGAGAAUGGGCAAAAAGAUGGCAGAUGAAAUACAAUGUUAAGAAAUGUGCAGUUGUACAGUUUGGAAGAAGAACUAAAUGGGCAGAUUAUUAUCAAGAUGGGGAGAAAAUUCAAAAUUUGGAAGUGCAAAGGGACUUGGGGGUCCUUAUGCAGGAUACGCUAAAGGUUAACCUCCAGGUUGGCUCAGUGGUAAAGAAAACGAAUGCUAUGUUGGCAUUCAUUUCAAGAGGAAUAGCGUAUAAAAGUAAGGACGUGUUGAUGAGGCUCUAUGGGGCACUGGUGAGACCUCAUUUGGAGUACUGUGUGCUGUUUUGGGCCCCUUAGAAAGGAUGUACUGAUUUUGGAGAGGGUUCAGAGAAGAUAUACGAAGAUGAUUCCUGGAAUGAAAGGGCUGACAUAGGAGGAGCAUUUGUCAUUUCUUGGACUGUAUUCAUUGGAGUACAGAAGAAUGAGAGGGGACCUCAUAGAGACUUUUUGAAUGUUGAAAGGACUGGACAGUAGAUGUGGCUAAGUUCUUUCCCCUGGUGGGUGAGUCCAGGACAAGAGGGCACAGUCUUAGAAUUAGAGGGUACCCAUUUAGAACAGAGAUGAGGAGAAAUUUGUUUAGCCAGAGGGUCGUAGAUUUUUGGAAUUUGUUGCCAUGUACAGCUGUGGAGACCCAAUCAUUGGGGGUGUUUAAGGCGGAGAUUGAUAGGUAUCUAAUUAAUUAGGGUAUCAAGGGAUAUGGGGAAAAGGCCAGGAACUGGGGCUAGAUGGGAGAAUAGUUUAGCUCAUGGUGAAGUGGCGGAGCAGACUCGAUGGGCCUAAUGGCCUACUUCUGCUCCUUUGUCUUGUGAUCCUUCACCUUUGAAUAAAGCCAAGUAUUUAUUGAUUUUUUUUUUGUAGCAAACCUUUCAAAAUCUCGAAGGAAAGCCUUCUUUACUAAUAAGGAAAUUAAAUGUCAGCCUUGUUUCAGUUUUUGCACUUUUGACUUCUAAGUCAAACACAUGGGUUCCAAUCCCACUCCAAAGAUGUGAGUACUUGAUUCAAGAUUAAAUGCAGUAGUGUAUGAGUGAUUAUGCACAAAUCAGUUGAUGGUAAGAAUGCUGCUUGUUAGCACUUUAAGUGAAAUUCUAUUUUCUGUUGAUUAAACUCAAUCAAUACAUGAA